AAUAAAGUACGUGCCAUGUUGUAAUACCUCUAGUUUUCUAUAUCAAUUUUGACACAAUGACGUAACAGUUAUCACACGUUCGCACGUUGCACAUUCAGACAGUCACGGUCAGAUGCUCGCUGUAGCAAGCCGGUUACGUCUGGCGGACUGGCCUUGAACGAUUUGUUUACACAUUCCAUGUGAUUAUACAGACGCUCUCCAUCUGCUCAUGACCACUGUUACUACGGACCCAGGCCUUCACUGCAUCCGCCGCGCCGAGCGAAGGCACUGGGCUGACCUCCCUACUGCCCUCGAGAGGGAUUCGCUGCACGAUCAUGAGUGGCAAAUCAGUCGUAAUUGUGUCAGGUGCUCGUACCCCAAUUGGGUCUUUUUGUGGAGCUUUAUCUUCAGUUAAGGCACAUGAAUUGGGGAGCAUUGCUAUUAAAGAGGCUUUAAAGAGAGCAAAUGUCGAUCCAAAAGAUGUCUCAGAAGUUAUAUUGGGACAAACUUUACAAGCUGGCCAGGGGCAAAAUCCUGCACGACAGGCAUCCAUGAUGGCAGGUAUACCAAAGGAAGUGCCUGCAUACCUUCUAAAUUUGUUGUGUGGAUCUGGUUUAAAAUCAGUAGUCCUCGGGACUCAAGCUAUUCUUACUGGAGACUCCAGUAUUGUAGUUUCUGGUGGACAGGAGUCAAUGAGCUUAGCACCUCAUACUGUGCAUUUACGAGGUGGUUUAAGAAUGGGAGAUGGAAAUUUAGCAGAUUCCAUGCUCACAGAUGGCCUUACAGAUGCUUUCCACAAUAUUCUAAUGGGUGAAACAGCUGAAAAUGUAGCUAAAAUGUACAACAUUUCUCGAGAAGAACAAGAUAAAUUUGCUUUGGAAUCUCAACAAAAAACAGAAAAAGCUCAAAAAGCAAAUUACUUUGAUGCAGAAAUAGUUCCUGUCACAUUUAUAGACAAGAAAGGGUCUUCUGUGGAAAUAAAGAGUGACGAAUACCCACGUCAUGGCCUCACAAUAGAAGCACUACAAAAAUUACCAGCUAGAUAUAUUAAAAAUGGGACAGUGACAGCUGGUAAUGCUUCUGGAAUAAAUGAUGGUGCUGCAGCUGUGGUACUAAUGAGUAGUGAAGAGGCAAAAUUACGUGGAUUAAAUCCUUUGGCUAAAGUUGUUUCAUAUGCUGUUGCUGGAUGUGACCCAGUAGUUAUGGGACUUGGCCCUAUUCCUGCUGUCAGAAAAGCGCUUGAAAAGGCUGGCUGGAAGACUGAUGAUGUCGAUUUAUUUGAAAUUAACGAUGCAUAUGCAGCUUUGUCAGUAGCUGUUUUACGGGAUUUGGGAUUAAAUCCUGCAAAAGUAAACAUCAAUGGUGGUGCUAUUUCUCUUGGACAUCCCCUUGGUGCAUCAGGAACUCGAGUUUUGGUCACCCUUCUUUAUGCUUUGGUGAGAACAGGAGGCAGAAGAGGAGUAGCAGCACUUUGUAUAGGAGGAGGCAUGGGGAUUGCCAUGUGUGUGGAAAGAGAUUAAGCAGGAAGAGCAUAAUUAAAAGAAAAAAGAAAUUGCAUUGCUUUAAUAGUAGUUUAUGAAGGUCAUAGCAGGAAUUAAAUUCUACUUAUAGCUUGAGUUGCUUUUGCUAUACAUAAGAUUGUCAAAUGAAAAUUCAUUAGGUUAAAAUUGUUCCUCCCCUUAUGUUACUUACAGGCUUACUGAUUUUUUAUGAUAAAUAGAUUAAUAAAACAUUGUGAACUUAAAGAAUUUUGCAUCAUGAUGCAAUAUUCAAUAUUUGAGCAAAGAUUCUGUUAGAUGCAAUUGCUAUUUCAUUAAUAAUAAAAAAUCAGCUCUAUUAUACACACAUUUGAUUGUAUAAUAUUAGGGUCUUCUUGAAAUAAUGGAAUGCAGGGGCACCCAAUAAAACAAGAGGCCUGGGGUAGAAGAUCCAUGGGGCCCCUUUUUUCAAACAAAAGCUUUGGGCCUCCCACCUCCAAUACUUGUACAGAAUUUGUUUCCCCAUGCAGCAGAAAUAACUUCUAGUGAUUAAUUUGAACUAGAAGUAAAUACAUUUUGUAUAAAUUUAUUUUCAAUGAAGAAAUUUUUGAGACCUUGAUUAAAUUGGGGCCUAGCACAAGCUACUCCUGCUGCACCCCUUUCUGGGUGUCCUUGGAACUACUCAUUGUGACCAAAAAUGUAAUUCACUGUAAGUGUGUUGAAACCUAACACAGUAUUAGAUUUUUAAUGUUUUAAAUCUUUUCAUGUGUUCUUGAGAAUGAUAGUCAUUUUUCUGUUAAUUGAAGAGUGUGGAAGAACUAACAGUUUACAAGCUAUUUUUUGAAUUCUUAUCUCCAAAGUUUUGGAGGUAAAUGAAAUUGUGCAUAUUUCAACCCUGAAAUUCAUGUUAAUUGAAAAACAAAUAGAAGCAUCCUUCGCUAAUCACAGUGAUAUUGGUUCAUUUGUUCAAGAUGAAUUUUGCAUUGAAUAAAAGUAUAACAUAUAUAAUAAUAUACCAUAGUCUUAUCUUGUCUAUAAGUAUGAAAUGAAGAUGACUCUUGAACCCUUGAUAUUACAUUCUUGAGAUCCAGUCACUUCAAUGAGUGAUGUAUUCUCACUAGAGGCUGCUAGUUUGGCAAAAUUACUUGCCAUAUAACAUUAGGAAUAACUUUACUAUGUUUCUGGAAUUGUUUUAGACUUUCAUUUUGUCUAUUUCAUCACAAUUUGACCUUUUAACAUCCUCGUAUACUUACAUACAUAGAGGAUAAAUGUAGUUUAGAGAAAGUUAUGUACUGCUGCGGUUAAUCGAUUUCGAGGUUUCAACGGAAAUCCAAGUUUUUGGGUCCCCUGAUACCGAAAAAGUGUUGGUCCCCCCCCCUUAACGUCCGUCUAUGAACACAAC